CGCGGGAGCUGAAUGUCUCAUGUUUCCUACCCUGUGUCCUCUCCAUGUAGAAGUCCAGCCUUUGUGGCAUUGUGACCUGCAGGUAUUGGGAGAUCCACAGCUAUGACGCCAGGACCCCCUGGAAGCCUGGAAAUGGAUGAUGACUACACAAACUGUAGCUCAUUCAUACAAAAGGAGACUAUUCAGCCAUAGAAAGAAACAAACUACUGAAGCACACACCCUGGGAACCAUUAACAUUUAAGGAUGUGGCCAUAGAAUUCUGUCUGGAGGAGUGGCAAUGCCUGGACACGGCACAGCAGGAUUUAUAUAGGAAUGUGAUGUUAGAGAACUACGGAAACCUGGUCUUCCUGGGUAUUGCUGUCUCCAAGCCAGACCUGAUCACCUGUCUGGAGCAAAGAAAAGUGCCCUGGAAUAGGAAGAGACAUGAGAUGGUGGCCAAACCCCCAGUUGUAUGUUCUUAUUUUGCUCAAGACCUUUGGCUAGAGCAGGGCGUAGAAGAUUCUUUUCAAAAAGUGAUAUUGAGAAGACAUGGAAAAUGUGGACAUGAGAAUUUGCAGUUAAAAAUUUGUUGCACCAAUGUGGAUGAGUCUCAAGUUCACAGAAAAGGUUAUAAUAAUCUUAACCAGAGUUUGACAACUGCACAGAGCAAAGUAUUGCAAUGUGAUAAAUAUGCCAAAGUCUUUCAUAAAUUUUCAAAUUCAAACAGACACAAGAUAAGGCAUACUGGAAAGAAACUUUUGAAAUGUAAAGAAGAUGACAGAUCAUUUUGCAUGCCUUCACACCUAUCUCCACAUAAAAGAAUUUAUACUAGAGAGAAUUUCUUCAAAUGUGAAGAAUGUGGCAAAACCUUUAAUUGGUCCUCAAUGCUUACUUAUCAUAAGAGAAUUCAUACUGGAAAGAAAGCCUACAAACGUGAAAAAUGUGGCAAAGCCUUCAACUGGUCCUCAAGACUUACUGAACAUAAGAGAGUUCAUGCUGGAGAGAAACCCUACAAAUGUGAAGAAUGUGGCAAAGCUUUUAAUCAGUCCUCAACCCUUACUAAACAUAAGAGAGUUCAUGCUGGAGAGAAACGUUACAAGUGUGAAGAAUGUGGCAAAGCUUUCAGCUGGUCCUCAAAACUUACUAAACAUAAGAGAGUUCAUGCUAGAGAGAAACCCUACAAAUGUGAGGAAUGUGGCAAAGUGUUCACCUUGUUUUCAACCCUUAUGGAACAUAAAAGAAUUCAUACUGGAGAGAAACCCUACAAAUGUGAAGAAUGUGGCAAAGUGUUCACCUGGCCCUCAAGCCUUAUGAAACAUAUAAGAAUUCAUACUGGAGAGAAACGCUACAAAUGUGAGGAAUGUGGUGAAGCCUUCAACUGGCCCUCAAGCCUUUCUAAGCAUAAGAUAAUUCAUACUGGAGAGAAACCCUACAAGUGUGAAGAAUGUGGCAAAGCUUUUAAUCGAUUUGGAAUUUUUACUAAACAUAAACUAAUUCAUGCUGGAGAUAAACCCUACAAAUGUGAAGAAUGUGGCAAAGCUUUCUCCUGGGCCUCAAGCCUUAGUGAACAUAAGAGAAAUCAUACUGUACAGUACCCCUACAGAUGUGAAGAAUGUGGCAAAGCCUUUAAAAAGUCCUCAUUUCUUACUAGACAUAAGGUAAUUCAUGCUGAAGAGAGACCCUACAAAUGUGAAGAAUGUGGCAAAGGUUUUAAUCGAUUUGGAAUUUUUACUAAACAUAAACUAAUUCAUGCUGGAGAGAAACCUUACAAAUGUGAAGAAUGUGGCAAAGCUUUUAACCAGUCCUCAACCCUUACUAAACAUAUGGUAAUUCAUAGUGGAGAAAAACCCUACAAAUGUGAAGAAUGUGGCAAAGCUUUUAACCAGUCCUCAACCCUUACUAAACAUAUGGUAAUUCAUAUUGGAGGAAAACCCUACAAAUGUGAAGAAUGUGGCAAAACUUUUAAUCGAUCCUCAACCCUUACUAAACAUAAGAGAGUUCAUGCUGGAGAGAAACUUUACAAAUGUGAAGAAUGUGGCAAAGCUUUUAACCGGUCCUCAAACCUUACUAAACAUAAGAUAAUUCAUGCUGGAGAGAAACCCUACAAAUGUGAAGAAUGUGGCAAAGUGUUCACCUGGUCCUCAAACCUUACAGAACAUAAAAGAAUUCAUACUGGAGAGAAACCUCACAAAUGUGAAGAAUGUGGCGAAGCCUUCACCUGGUUCUCAAGCCUUUCUCAUCAUAAGAUAAUUCAUACUGGAGAGAAACCCUACAAAUGUGAAGAAUGUGGCAAAGCUUUUAAUCGAUUUGGAAUUUUUACUAAACAUAAACUAAUUCAUGCUGGAGAGAAAUUCUACAAAUGUGAAGAAUGUGGCAAAGUGUUCACCUUGUCCUCAACCCUUACGGAACAUAUAAGAAUUCAUACUGGAGAGAAACCCUACAAAUGUGAAGAAUGUGGCAAAACUUUUAAACGGUCUUCAACCCUUACUUAUCAUAAGAGAAUUCAUACUAGAGAGAAAUUCGACGAAUGUGAAGAAUGUGGCAGAGCCUUUACCAAGUCUUCAAGCCUUUCUAAUCAUAAGAAAAUUCAUACUGGAGAGAAACCCUACACAUGUGAAGAAUGUGGCAAAGCUUUUAAUCAAUUCUCAGUUUUUACUAAACAUAAGAUAAUUCAUGCUGGAGAGAAACCCUAAAAAUGUGGAAAAUGUGGCAAAGCCUUCACCUGGCCCUCAAGCUUUAGUGAACACAAGAGAUAUCAUAAACCCCUCCAAAUGUAAAGAAUGUGGCAAAGUCUUUAAAAAGUCCUCACUUCUUACUAGACAUAAGGUAAUUCAUACUGAAGAGGAACCCUACAAAUGUAAAGAAUGUGGCAAAGCUUUUAACCAGUCAUCAACCCUUACUCAUCAUAGGAGAAUUCAUAUUGGAAAACCCUAGAAAUGUGAAGACGGUGGCAAACCUUUUAACUGUUCCUCAAUUCUUACUAAACAUAAGGUAAUUCAUACUGGAGGGAAUCCCUAUGUGGAUUCCCUAAGUAUGUGGAAUGUGUGAAAGCCUUUAAGUAGUCCUUGACAUUUACUACAUAUAAGACAACUCAUACUGGAAAGAAACCCUACACAUGUGAAGAAUGUGGGAAAGCCUCUAACGGAUCCUCAAUUCUUAACAGACAUAAGAUAAUUUAUACUAGGGAAAUUACAAACCUGAAAGAUGUGACAAUGCUUUUGGCAACACCUCACACUUUUCUAAGUAUAAAAGUAAUCAUACUGAUGAGAAAUCCUAGAAAUGUGAAGAAUGUGAUAAAGCUUUCAAAUGGCUGUCACACUUGAUUGGAGAAAACUACUAAUGUGAACAAUGUGGUAAAUAUUUACCCAGUGCUUACACCUUAUUGCACAGGAAAGCAUUUAUACUUGAGAACAAAUCUUCAAAUAUAAAGAAAGUGUAGGCCAUGCAUGGUGGCUCAUGCCUGAAAUCUGAGCACUUUGGGAGGCUGAAAUGGGCAGAUCCCUUGAGGUCAGGAGUUCAAAACCAGCCUGGCCAACAUGGCAAAACCCAACUUUACUAAAAAUGCAAAUAAAUUAGCCAGUCAUGGUGGCAGGCACCUGUAAUCCCAGCUACUCUGAAGGCCGAGGCAGGAGAAUCGCUUGAAUCCAGGAGGCACAGCUUGCACUUAGCCAAGAUUGCACUACUGCACUCCAGCUUGGACUACAGGGAGAGACUCUGUCUAAAAAAAAAAAAAAAAAGGCAGUGUGAAAGUCAUUAAUAUCUGCUCACAUUCAACAUCAGAGAGUUUAUGCUAAAUAAAAGCAUUAAAAAUGCAAUUACUCUCAAAAGAUCUUUCAGAAAUAUAAGGCCUUAAAGUGCAGAAGAAUGUUUAUUCUCAACAGAAACAUCACAAAUAUAAAGAGGGUUGUAGUCCUUUUACUUCUAUCACAGAAUUUAUUGUUCACACUUGGUACUAAAGGAGACCCCUGAGGCAGUUGUUCCCACUUUGUUUAACAUCAGGGAAUUUAUAUAAUUAGGAAAAAUAUUUUUUUCAAAAACUACAGAUUAUAAAACACCAGAGAGUUUAUACUAAAAUAUAUUUUUGUGGAUACAGUAUAUAUUUAAAAAAUUAAUCCAAUAUUAAGUUCAUGUAAGUAUUAGGGCAGUCACAGUAGAAAUAUCUGUCUCUCAGACGUCAGACAUUACACUAAAUCAAAUUGCUGAGUAUAGUAAAAAAUCCAAAAAUAAAGUUGAUAGAAAACUUAUUUGUAUUUAACUUUAAAAGAACUAGAUCUUGGUCAGGCUCCGAGGCUCACACCUGUAAUUCCAACACUUUGGGUGGCCAAGGCAUGUGGAUCUCAAGGUCAGAAGUUCAAGACCAGCCUGGCCAAGACAGUGAAAAUGUACUUUUAAAAACUACAAAAAUUAGUUGGGUGUGGUGGCAGGUGCCUGUAAUCCCAGCUGCUCAGGAGGCUGAGACAGGAGAAUCGCUUGAACCUGGGAGGUGGAGGUUGCAGUGAGCCAUGGUCGUGCCACUGCACUCCAGCCUGGGUGACAGAGAGUUUGUCUGAAAAAAAAAAAAAAAAAUCUUUGAAGAGUUAUAUUUAGCAUACUUUUUUUUUUUAGAUAUACAUUUUUUUUUGGGCCAGACACAGUGGCUCACGUCUGUAAGGCCAACACUUCAGGAUGCUGAGGUGGGCAGAUCACUUGAGGUCAAGAGUGAAAGACCAGUGUGCCCAACAUGGUAAAACCCCACCUCUACUAAAAAGUAAUACAAAAAUUACCUGGACUUGGUGGUGCACACAUGUAGUUCCAGCUACUUGGGAGGCUGAGACAUGAUAAUCCCUUGAACCUGGGAGGUGGAGGUUGCAGUGAGCUGAAAUUUUGCCACUGCACUGCAGCCUGGGUGACAGAGCAAGACUGUCUGAAGGACAAAAAAAAAAAAAAAAUAUAUAUAUAUAUAUAUAUAUAUAUAUAUAUAUAGUUUGGAAACUGAAAAAUGAUGGAAUUCAACUUUAAAUUACUUCAUGCUGUUUCUUUAUUUCUAUUGUAUUCACAUAUAAAACCAUGUGAUUAAUUCUUGGACCAAAGAAUUGGGAGACUCUUUAUUAGGUGGUCAUUAUUUAUGACAUCUCUUAUUUUUUUUUUUUUUUUUUUUGAGACGGAGUUUCGCUCUUGUUACCUAGGCUGGAGUGCAAUGGCAUGAUCUCGGCUCACCGCAACCUCCACCUCCUGGAUUCAAGUGAUUCUCCUGCCUCAGCUUCCCGAGUAGCUGGGACUACAGGCGCGUGCCAUUAUGCCCAGCUAAUUUUUUUUGUAUUUUUAGUAGAGAUGAGGUUUCACCAUGUUGACCAGGAUGGUCUCUAUCUCUUGACCUUGUGAUCCACCUGCCUCACCCUCCCAAAGUGCUGGGAUUAUAGGCGUGAGCCACCAUGCCUGGCAAUAAAACUACAUUUUACUGUCUCUAGUAUUCUUUGCCAGUGGCAAAUAAGUUAAAUCAUGGUUCCUGUAGGUUAAUCUUUUUCUUUUACAUUUAAAUUGAUUUUUCUUAGUUUUUGUGUGUACCUAAUAUGUGUAUAUAUUUAUGUUAUAUAUGGUAUAUUUUGAUACAGUCAUACAAUUUAUAGUAAUCACAUUAGGGUAAAUAAAGUACUUAUAACCUCUGGCUUUUAUGGUUUUCAUUACAGACAAUUCUGCAGUCUUAGUUACUCUGAAAUGUGCACUGAAAUUCUUACUGACUACAGCAUCAUUUUUAUGGUCAUUAUAAAACUUAUACAAGCAUAAAUAAAAUCAAUAUACACUCAAACCAAUAGUGUGCAAGCAAUUUUUUAAAUUCACAUUUCUACCAACACUUAUUUCUUCUUAAUUAGUGUCAUUCUAACAAGUGAUAUUGCCUAGUUUUUAUUUGGCUUGCCUUUCCCUGAUAAUAGACAGUGAUUAUUUUUUGAAUGAUCCAUUGGCCACAUGUAUGUCUUUUUUUGAAAAAUAUGUAAGCCUUUAUCUCAUUUUUAAUAGUUUUUUUAUUUUAUUAUUUUUUUAAAUUUAAAGAUAGGGUUGGGCUGGGCACGGUGGCUCACGCCUGUAAUCCCAGCACUUUGGGAGGCUGAGGCCGGUGGAUCACAAGGUCAAGAGAUCAAGACCAUCCUGGUCAACAUGGUGAAACCUGUCUCUACUAAAAAUACAAAAAAUUAGCUUCGCAUGGUGGCAUACGCCUGUAAUCCCAGCUACUCAGGAGGCUGAGGCAGGAGAAUUGGCUGAACCCAGGAGGCGGAGGUUGUGGUGAGCCGAGAUUGCACCAUUGCACUCCAGCCUGGGUAACAAGAGUGAAACUCUGUCUCAAAAAAACAAAAAUAAUAAAAUAAAGAUGGGGUUUCACCAUGUUGGUCAGGCUGGUCUUGAACUCCCGACCUCAGGUGAUCCGCCCCCCCUUGGCCUCCAAAGUGCUUGAAUUACAGGCAUGAGCCACUACACCCAGCCUAAUUUUUGUAUUUUUAGUAGAGAUGGGGUUUCACCAUUUUGGCCAGGAUGGUCUCGAAUUCUUGACCUUACGAUUCAUCCACCUCAGCCUCCCAAACUGCUGGGAUUGCAGGUGUGUGCCAGCAUGCCUGGUCUAUAUAGUUUUGAUAUUAAUCCCCAUCACAUACAAUCCUGUUGAUUGUAUCCUAUUCUCUGCAGGAGCUUUUUAAUUUAAAACAAUCUGAUUUAUCUAUUUUACAUUUUGUUCUUUAGGAUUUAAAGUCAAAUUUUAAAAGUCACUGCCCAACCAAUGUUAAAGGGCUUUCAGUGUGUGUUUUUUUUCUAGUAGUUUCAGAGUUUUAGACCUUACGUUUAAGUAUCUAAUGUAUUUUGUGUUGAUUUUUAUAUAUGAUGUUAGUUGAGUCUCAUUUUAUUCCUCUGCAUCUGGAUAUAAAAUUUUCUCAACACCAUUUAUUGAAAAUAUUGCCUUUUUUCUAAGAAAUUGCCAUCUUUAUUUAAAAUCGGUUGACUGUAAAUGUAUCAAUAUAUUUCUGGUCUCUUUUUUCUUCUCUAUUGGCCUGUGUGUCGGUUUUUAUUCAAGUACCAUACUGUUUUUUUGUUUAUAUUUUUCUAACUAGAGCUUUGUAGUAUGUUUGAAAAGUACAGUGAUACCUUCACUUUUUCUAUUGCUUUAUUGCUUGAUUGCUUUGGCUAUUCAGGGUCUUUUGUGAUACCAUAGAAAUUUUAGAUUUUUUUUUUUUGAGACGGAGUUUCACUCUUGUUACCCAGGCUGGAGUGCAAUGGUGCGAUCUUGGCUCACCUCAACCUCCACCUCCUGGGUUCAGGCAAUUCUCCAGCCUCAGCCCCCUGAGUAGCUGGGACUACAGGCAUGUGGCACCGUGCCCAGCUAAUUUUUUCUAUAUUUAGUAGAGGUGGGGUUUCACCAUGUUGACCAGGAUGGUCUCGAUCUCUUGACCUCGUGAUCCACCCGCCUUGGCCUCCCAAAGUGCUGGGAUUACAGGUGUGAGCCAAAGGGCCGGCCCUAGAUUUUUUUUUUAAUUUGUUAAUUAUGUCACUGGUAUUUUGAUAGAGGUUGUAUCAUAUCUGUACACCAUUUUGUAUAAGAUAGACAUUUAACAAUAUUAGUAAUGUUGAGUUAUGAAGGUAGUAUUUUUCCAAUUGUGUAUCAGUUUUUUGUUUGUUUGUUUGUUUUGAGAUGGAGUUUUGCUGUUGUUACCCAGACUGGAGUGUAAUGGCACAAUCUCGGCUCACUGAAACCUCCGCCUCCUGGGUUCAAGCAAUUCUCCUGCCUCAGCCUCCCCAGUAGCUGGGACUACAGGCGAGCACCACCAUGCCCAGCUAAUUUUUGUAUUUUUAGUAGAGACGGGGUUUCACCUUGUUGACCAGGAUAGUCUCAAUCUCUUGACCUCGUGAUCCAUCCGCCUCGGCCUUCCAAAGUGCUGGGAUUAUAGGUGUGAGCCACCGCGUCUGGCCCCGUUUUUUAAAUAUAUAUAUAUUUUUUGAGAUAGAGUCUCACUCUGUUGCCCAAGCUGAAGUGCGAUGGUGCAAUCUCAGCUCACUGCAACCUCCACCUCCCAGGCUCAAGCAAAUUCUGCCUCGGCCUCCCGAGCAGCUAGAAUUACAUGAGCACACCAACACGCCCAGCUAAUUUUUGUAUUUUAGUAGAGAUGGGGUUUCACCAUGUUGGCCGGGAUGGUCUCUAUCUCUUGAUCUCAUGAUCCACCCACCUCGGCCUCCCAAAGUGUUGGGAUUACAGACGUGAGCCACCUCGCAGGCUAAAUUUUAUUUUGAGAUAGUUGUCCGUGGAUAGAAAUGCUACAAACACUUGGUUGUUGCUUUUGUAUCCACCAGUUCGGUGAGUUUAUUUUUCCCAGUAAUGUUUAGUAAUAUCUUAGGCUUUUGUUUACUUACGAUUAUGUGUAGGAAUAAAAGACACAGGAAUAAUUUAACAUUUUUUUCUACUCUGGGUACUUUGAUUUUCUAAUUUCUCUAGGAUAUUUAGUACUGUGUUUAAUAAGACUGAAGAAAGUGGGCAUUUUGGUCUUGUUCUUGCUCUUAUAGUAAAAGCUUACACUAUUUUUCUGUUUAGUAUUUUAUUAGCUGUGCUUUUUUGGUUGUAUGUGGCAUUUAUUGGCUCGAGGUCUGUUUUCCUAUACCUACUAUUUUCAGAAAUUUAUUAUGAAGGAAUGUUGAAUUUCAUUAAACUUUUAUUCUGUAUUUAUUUAAAUGUUAGAGAUGCAAAAUCACAUCUAAUUCUGCAUAGAUUUUAAAAAAAGAUCCUCAGAGACUUCUAUGAAUAUGCCUGCAAAAUAGAAAAUUUAGAGAAAAUAGAUAAACUUGUGGAUACACACAACUUUCCUAGAUUGAAUCAGAAAAAGAUAGAAGUCUUUAACAGAGCAAAAAUGUAUAAUGACGUUAAAUAAGUAUUAAUAAACCUACUAACGAUGAAAAACCCUAGAUCAUAUAAAAAUCACAGCCAAAUUUUACCACAUAUACAAAGAUAGGCUGGUCCUAAUCCUACUGAAUGUAUUCCAAAAAGUCAAGGUGGGAUUUCACCCUAACUCCUCGUAUGAAAUCAGUGAACUAUAUAAAACCAAAAUCUAGAGAAGAAAAAAAGAAAACUGCAAGCCAAUAUUUUGGGUAAACAUUGGAAGAUCAAUCUCAUUGAAUACUAGCAAACUGAGUUCCAAAGCAAGUCAGAAAGUUAUUUUACUGCAAUCCUGUAAGCGUUAUUCCAUAAAUAUAGGUACGUUUUAUCAUAUGCAAGUAAAUUAGUGUGAUUCACCAUGUAAAGAUAAUUAAGAGAAAAAAAUAUUAAACACAAUAGGGGCAGUUAAAGCAUUCAAGUAAAUCCAAUAUUGACUCACAAAAUUGUUCUCAACACACUAGACAUUUUUGAAACAUACCUCAAAAUAAUAAGAGCCAUCUAUGACAAAUCCUUAGCCAACAUGUUACUACAAAAGCAAAAGCUGGAUGCAUUCUCCAUAAGAAAAAUAAGACAAAAAUAUCCAUUCUAAACGGUCCUAUUAAACAUAGUUAUGAAAGUCCUAACCAGAGUAAUGCAACAAAAUAAAUAAAAGGAAUCCAAAUGGAAAACAAAGUAAAAUUACCUGUAUUGAUACAAUUCUCUACCUAGAAUAGUUUAAAGAUUUCACCAGUUCUCCACUCCGUUUCCCCACUCCCCUCCUCCCUCGCCUCCCCACAAAAAAAAAAGAAAAAAAAGAUUUCAUCAAAAGACUUCUAAGCCUAAAAAAAGACUUAAAACAAAUCUCAGAAUACAAAAUCAACACAAAUGCAUAGCAUUUCUGUACACCAAUAAUAUUGAAGCUGAGAACAAAAUGUAUAAAAAAUUAUAUUUACAAUAGCCACAAAAAAUUCUAGACAUACAUUAAAUCAAUAAAUUUAAUGUAAGUUUAUUACAUUAAAUUUUAUAAAUUUUUGCUUCUGCACAGUAAGAUAAACUAUCAACAAAGUAAACUGAUGACGUAUAGUAUGAAAUAAAAUAUUUGCAAACUGCAGAAAAUAAAGGAUUAAUAUGCAGAAUGCAUAAAAAUUUUUAUUAAAAAGCAAAUGAUAUGAAUAGGCUUUUCUCGAAGACAGAGCUGCCAAUAAAUAUGUAAAGUUGCUCAACAUUUCUAAUUAUUAGAAAGAUGUAAAUAAAAGUGACAAUAUAAUACCAUUUCACAUCAGUAAGAAUGACUGUCAGUAAAAGUUAAGAAAAAGAGGUUGAAGUUAUGGAGAAAAGGAAAUCUUCCUACACUGUUGGUGGGAAUGCAAAUUAAUUUAGCCCCUGUGCUAAGCAGUUUGGAGAUUUCUCAAAGUACUAAAAAUAGAAUUGCCAGUGUAUCAAUCAACCCCACUGCAGGGAUUCUACCCCCAAAAUAAUUUUGAUAAAGAGACACCUGCACUCAUAUGCUUAUUGCAGCACUAUUCACAAUAGUAAAGACAAUCAAACCAGUUACCCAGGAAUCUUUUCAUUGGAUAAGAAAGAUGAAGUACUCAUACACCCUCUGAUAUGCAGCAACAGAAGACAAUGAAUUAAUGUCUUUUGCAGCAACACGAAUGCAGCCGAAGGCCAUUAUUUUAAUCAAAUUAAUGCAUCAGAAAAACAUGCCGCAUAUUCUCAUACAUCUAUGCUAAAAAUUGGAUAGGCAAAAACAAUGAACACUGGGAAUUCUAAAAAGAAGGAAGGGAGACACGCAUUGAAAUCUACUUAGGUAUGAUGUACACUACUUGGGCAAUGAAAUUAUUAAGUGCCCAAACCUCAACACCAUGUAGUAUUCCUGUUACACAGAUCUGCACAUGUACCACUUAAAUGUAAAAUAAAAAUAAAAUGCUUUUUGGUAUAACGACAUGUUCUAUUUCUCCAGUUCUGGGUUAAUAGUUGAAAUUAGGGCUGAAAGACACAUUUUCACCCCUUAAAGCAUAGGGGUAAAUAUUUCUAUACCAGGUCUCCCACGUUUUAUAAGCUAACCUCUCUGAAAGCUCUUGGUCUAUAGCCCAAAAAGAGUUUUAUUUUCAAGUGUGCAGCUAAAAUAAACUAUAUCUUUACUAUUUAUGUAUUAACUGUACACUAGACUAUUGAUUUAAUUUAUUUAAUCUUUUUGGGGGAAAAGCAGCAAGUGGUUUAAUCACUUUUUUUUUUUAGAAUGAACCACUUUUGAAAGUGUGAGACUGUAAAAACUAUGCUAAAUUACUGAGUUAAAAAAAUUUUUUAAAAAGCAAAGAUAUCUUAUGAUCAUAUUCCAAAAAUAAUAAAACAGAAAGUGCGUAUUAUUUAAGACCACAGUGCUGCAAAUGCUCAUUCCAUUACAGUCAUUCUUGUGAAGAAUAGAAAUAAUGGGUCCGCAGGUAUUUUAGAUUAUGUUUAUUUGCUAUUGCAGUGUUAAAUUAUUGCCUUUAUUACUUGCCAUAUGAAAGUCUACUUGAGGGCCAGGCGUUGUGGCUCACGCUUGUGAUCCCAGCACUCUGGGAGGCCGAGGCGGGCAGAUCACCAGGUCAGGAGAUCAAGACCAUCCUGGCCAACAUGGUGAAACCCCGUCUCUAUUGGGGAAAAAAAAAAAAAGUCUGUACUUGAACAAAAGAUGCCACGAAUUUCAAGUUAAUAUGCUCACACGUGUAUUCUCCACAGAAGGGCACUGGCGUAUUUGCAGUCAAGGUGUGGCAUUUCUUGCCUGCCUUGUGCUGCUGUGUCUGUGUGAAAUAAAAAGGCAGUAGGCAAAGAAGAAUCAACCAUGAAAUUUCCAGUUUCAACAGCCACAGCCUCUGUAAUUGAGUGUUAUGUCACCUAGAAAUAAUGACAGUAUUUCAAAACUGAAAAAAAGAAAGUGAUACUUUAUAUUUUGUUUGUUGUUUAUAAAAAUUCAUAGUUUCUGAUUUAUUAUAUGCUAAACAACCUGAACGUGCAGAUACCUAAAGUUCCCACCUAGAUGAGAGCAUUAAUAUUUUAACAGCUUAUAAUUGAGAGUCAGAAUUGCCCUCUUGGGUUUACUAAAAAGCAGUUAUUUAUCUUCUAAGUGUAAAUAGGUUUCCCAUAAUCUUAAACAUACAGAUCGGCCGGGCUCACGGCUAUAAUCCCAGCACUUUGGGAGGCUGAGGCGGGUGGAUCACAAGGUCAAGAGAUCGAGACCAUCCUGGUCAGCAAGGUGAAACCCCGUCUCUACUAAAAAUACAAAAAAAUUAGCUGGGCAUGGUGGUGCGUGCCUGUAGUCCCAGCUACUCAGGAGGCUGAGGCAGGAGAAUUGCUUGAACCCAGGAGGCGGAGGUUGCAGUGAGCCGAGAUCGUGCCAUUGCACUCCAGUCUGGGUAACAACAGCGAAACUCAGUGUCAAAACAAAACAAAACAAAACAAAAAAACAUACAGAUCUUUUAAGAUUAGCGCUAUGUCUAGAUUUGAAUAAAAUUUAUAGAUUUGUAGUAACAUAAAUUUUCAUCUUUAUUUUCUAAUAAAAAUGAAAAAGUAAAAGAAAUGUUAAAAUGAGUUUACCAGAAACUUUAUAUUUCUUCAUUAAAUAACAUUUAAAGGCCAGGCGCGGUGGCUCACGCCUAUAAUCCCAGCACUUUGGGAGGCCGAGGCAGGUGGAUCACGAUGUCAAGAGAUAGAGACCAUUCUGGUCAACAUGGUGAAACCCUGUCUCUACUAAAAAUACAAAAAUUAGCUGGGCAUGGUGGUGCGCACCUGUAGUCCCAGCUACUCUGGAGGCUGAGGCAGGAGAAUUGCUUGAACCCAGAAGGCGGAGGUUGUGGUGAGCCGAGAUCGUGCCAUUGCACUCCAGUCUGUGUAACAACAGCGAAACUCCAUCUCAAAAAUAAAUAAAUAAAUAAAUAAAUAAAAUUUAAAAUGACAUUGUGAGUGAUCAGUAAUUCCUAUAUAUUUUUAGUCACUGAGAAAACAAUAUUUUUAAAUUAUUCGAUUGGGGAAGUAUUCUCAUAUCAGUGUUUCUGAAAUUCGGAAACUGUAGACCACUCAAUAGAUGAUGUACAUGCAGACCACACAUUUUUCAUAUAAUAAUAGGGUAAUCCUAGCUUUUUAUAUAAAAAUGUAACGUACUUCUAAAUUAAAAUUAGUGUAUUCCCAAUUAUUUUCUCUGAAAAACUUCUAGAAAUCGUGGCAGCUUUUUGAUUAAAACAUUUUUUGUUAUUUUUAAUGCAAAUUAGUUUACUGUGUUCACAGAGUGGCCAGUCUUGGGACCAUAAGUAACACUUGCUCUUUUAGUGUCUUUCAUACCAUUACCGUCAGCACCAGAAACUCCAGAUGCCCCAAGCUUAAAAUAAAGGACUAAAGUACAUGCUCGUCCCAUCACUGUGAUGGGUUUAAAACAUGCUGCCAAGUAUCACAGUUCCUAUGUUAUGACUGGCACAUGACGAAAGCAGCACCAAGACUAUUUUUUAUACUAUUCAGCCAACUUUAUGACAAAGACACAAACAUUAUUUGAAAUAUUGUUAUCUUUUUGUAAGGUUUUAAAAAUAUAUUCUCUAAUUUGAAAGAUAAAAUGUAUAUUUUUUCUGUGAAACAACAUUUUGAAGGAUAUACACGUGAUCAAAUGCUUAGCUCUAGGUAAUUAAUGCUUUAUCUCAAAUGGUUAACAUCUUUGUGGUGAAAUCACAUAACAUUGUUAGCAUUUUUCACACAUAACAAAUGCAAUAUUAUAAAGUGUAGUCACAAUGCUGUACAAUACUGAACUUCCUCCUCCUAUCCAGCUAUAAUUAUGUAUUCUUUCACAGACAUCUUUCCAAUUCCCCAUUUUUUUCUAAAUACCUUGGCAUCUGAUGGUCCCAUUUUGCUCUCUACAUCAAUGAGAUUAAGUUUUUUAGAAUCCACGUGUAAGUGAAAUUAUGGGAUGCUAAAACUAUGACUUACUUCAACUGAUGUCCUUAGGGUUAAUCCAUGUGAUAGGAAAUAAUAGAAUUUUCUAAAGAUAAAUAGUAUUUCAUUGGGUAUAUAUACCAUGUUGUCUUUAUUUACUCAUAGAUGUUGAACUGUUGACUGUAUAAUUGGGCUGUUCUGAGGAGUGCUGCAAACAACAUGGAAGUGUGGAUAUUUAUUCUGAGUUUGUUCUGGAUAUACAACAGUGAAAUGGUUUUGCUAUAUAAUAGUUAGAUUUUAAGUUUUUUCUUUUUUUGUAAUCUCUGCUUUGUUAUUUAUAAUGGCUGUCCUCAUUUACAUUCAAACCAACAGUGUGGAAGCAUUUUCUUUUAUUCACAUCUUUGCCAACUAACGCUUUUUAAUUUAUUUGUUUUUGAGACACAGUCUUGCUCUCUCACUCAGGGUGGAAUGCAAUGAUGUGAUUCUCACCUCACGGCAACCUCUACCUCCUGGGUUCAAGUGAUCUCCUGCCUCAACCUCCACAGUAGCUGGGAUUACAGGUUCCUGCCAUCGCACCUAGCUAUUUUUUUUUUUUUUUGUAUUUUUAGUAUACAUGGGGUUUUGCCAUGUUGGCCAGGCUGGUUUCAAACUCCUGAUCCACCUGCCUUGGCUUCCCAAAGUGCUGGGAUCAGAGGCAUGAGCCACUGCACAAAGCCUUUUUUUUUUUUUUUUUUACAAAUAAACUAAAGGCUUUAUGUGGAUGACUGCAUGCAGCAUCUGUAGAACAUGCAUUCUUUUCAAGGGCCCAUGAACCUUCGCUAAGGUCAAACAUAUGCUGGGCCAUGAAGCAAAUCUCAAUACAUUUCAAAGGAUAGCAGUAAUACAGAGUGUGUUUUAUGAUCACAAUAACAAAAAUAUAACUAGGAAGUUUCCAUAUGUUUGGAAGUCAAAAAAUACACUUCUAAAUAACCCAUGUUAUCUGUUGUGAUUCCCCAAUUUUCAUUCCUACCUUUAUUUGUAGUUUUUUUUAAUUUUUCAAUCACAUCAGAGGUUUAUCAAUUUUCAGUCUUUUCAAAGUACCAACCUUCACUUUGUUGGUCUUCUUUAUUGUUUCCUAUUUCAACAACUUUUGCUCUCUUUUCUAUUUCCUUCCUUUAACUUUUAAAAAGAUAAGUCAAUUUAACAAAGUUUAUACAAAUUUUUAUAAAAUACAGAGCAUUUUUAUUAAGCCUUAAAGUAAUCUUGUAAAUAGGUCUUUUCCUUCAUUUUAUAGAUGGGAAAAUGAUAGAAGAGGAAAUAAAUUUAUAUUAUUGCAUUGAACGGAACAUGGCCCUACAGUUUGUACCCAAGACCAGAGGAACUUUGCCUGCUCCUCUCUUGUUGGUCUUUGCCCUGCCCAACCCAGGAUCACUGCUUAUCCUACACUUGAUUUAGCCAAAAGACCCAGAAGCAAUACAUUGCUUAUCCUUUGAGAUCUUAAAAGACACUCACCGGAAAUAGCCAUGGUUAACACAGUUAACCAAAGCCUUUUUUCAAGAGUCAUUCUAAUGAGUGAGUUGAGAUAUCAUUGUUUUUUUCUCUUGCUUUCUCUAUUAAGAAUUGACAUUUAGCAUAUUUCAGUAUAUCUGUUUGCCAUAUGUAUGUAUUCUCUGGAAAAAUACACUUUUUGCUCAUUUUAAUAGUUACUUGUUUAUUGUUUAUGCUCAUUUAAGUUUCUUACAUAUUUUUAUAUUAACCCCUUGUUCCAUAUUUUAGUUAUCCUGUUGAUCGUAUCAUCUUUUGUGCAGAAGCAUUUUAAUUUUAAGUAUUGUGACUCUUACUUUUUCUUUUGUUCCCUGGGAUUUUGAGGUUAAAUUAGUCACUGCCCGACCAAUGUUAUGGAACUUUCACUCUUUGUUGUUGUUGUUGUUUGUUCGUUUUUAGUAAUAGUAGUUUCAGAGUUUCAGGCCACACAUUUAUGCAUCUAAUUUAUUUUGAGUGGGUUUUUAUAUGUGGUGUGAAUUGAGGGUCUCCUUUUAUUGCUCUACAUGUGUCCAUAAAGUUUUCUCAACAGCAGAAAACUGUCUUUUUCUGUCAGUUGAGAAAACUUUAUGGACACAUGUAGUCCAUAAAGACUGUCUCUACUGUCUUUUUCCUAAGAAAUUGUCACCUUCAUUUAAAAUCAGUUAGCUAUAAGUAGAUGGCUAUAUUUCUAGUCUCUUUUUUUUUCUUCAUUGGCUCCAUGUCUGUUUUUAUUCAAUUGCCAUAAUGUUUUCAUUACUAUAGUUUUGUAGUAGAUUUAAAAGUCAGGUAGGCUGAUAACUACUUUUUCUGUUUGAUGGCUUUGGCUAUUCAGGGUCUUUUGUCCUACCAUAUAAAUUAUAGAUGUAUUUUUACUAAUCUUUUUUUUUUUUGAGAGACAGAGUCUUGCUCUGUUUCCAUGCUGGAGUGCGGUGUUGUGAUCUUGGCUCCCUGCAACCUCUACCUCUUGGGUUCAAGCAUUUCUGACACCUCAGUCCCAUGUGAGUAGCUGGUACUACAGGCAUGAGCCACCAUGCCCAGCUAAUUUUUAUAUUUUUAGUAGAAAUGGGGUUUCACCAUGUCUGCCAGGAUGGUACCGAUCUCUUGACCUUAUGAUCUGCCCACCUUGGCCUCCCAAAGUGCUGAAAUUACAGUAGUGAUCCACAGCGCCUGACCUAUUCUUAAGAAUUGGUAUUAAGUAUGUCACUGAUAUUUUCAUUGAGGUUGCAUUAUAUCUGUAGAUAAUUUUGUGUAAUACAAAUAUUUAACACUAUUAAUAAUGGCAGUUCAUUAAUGAUUAACUAAUAUAUCAAUUUCUUUAAUGUUUUUUACGGUACAAUGUAAGAUGCUUCAUAUUUUUGGUAAAUUUAUUUCAAAGUAUAGUUAUUACAGUUAUUGUAGAUGGAAUUGGUUUUUAAAUUUAUUUUGAGAUACGUGUUAGUUUAUAGAAGUGCUACUGACAGGCUGAGAGUGGUGGCUAAUGCCUGUAAUCACAGCACUUGGGGAGGCUGAGACAGGCAGAUCAUGAGGUCAGGAGUUGGAGACCAGCCUUGCCAAUAUGGUGGAACCCUGUCUCUACUAAAAAUACAAAAAUUAGCUGGUCGUGGUGGCAUGUGCCUGUAGUUCCAGCUACUGGGGAGGCUGUGGCAGGAGAAUCGCUUGAACCCAGUAGGCAGAGGUUGCAGUGAGCCAAGAUCAUGCCACUGCACUCCAGCCUGGGUGACAGAGCAAGACUUUAUCUCAAAAAAUAAUGAUUAUUAUAAUUAUGAUAAAUAGUACUAGGAAAACUGCUUGGUCAUAUGCAGAAAGAAGUGGACCUCUACCUCUUUCCAUAUAGAAAAUAUAAGUCAAGAUAGACUGUGAUAACCUGCUUUUUGUUAGCUUAAACUGACUCUCUUCUUAGCUGAGAGCGGUUCAGGCUUCAUGUUAGCUUCUUGAGCUGGACAGACUCCAUCUUAGCGUCUUCAUUUUAGUUACUCCCGUCAUUAAGUAUGUAACUGGGGCAGGAUGACACCAGGCACAUCCAGGAGUGCAUUUGCUGAUAAGAGGCCAAGUUAGGUGGCACCAGCAGAGCCUGGGAAUGCAGGCGCUGUCGAGUACCCAGAGCUCCCAUAUCUAUAAGAUGUAUGUCUUUUUAUGACAGCUCUAGCCUCACCUGGUACUGUUUUAUUUCUCAUGUACUAGUUUAUCUUUUAAGUUUUCGCUUGCUCUGCUUCUGUUAGGUUCCCCCCUGCCUUUUCAACCUAGGGUAUAAGAAACCUUUUAACUCUUUCUUCAGGGCUGAGAGAAUUUUGGGUGUUAGCCACCUCUCGGUUACCAGCUAAAAUAAAGGACUCAUAAUUCAA